AUGGACUCUGCGGCGUAUGCAGCAAGCGGGUCGCAAGGGUCGGUGUCAUCUCCGUCGGCUACAGCUUUGCCAGUCGUGCACGUGCGUGCGACGGACAUGCACCAGCAUGUCAAUCCGUACUCGGCCUAUGAGUCUAACUACAGAAUGAGGCACGUCGCGGCUCACUCAUCUCAUGUCGAUGCUUCUGUCAGCGGUGCCCAUUCGUCCGAUAACGGGACUGCAGCAGAGACGAGUGGCCUGCAGCACAGUGGCACUAUGCAGCCCCCUGAAGAGGCAUUGUCUGUAUCAGCUGAGGUAUCUGCACUCACCGCUCCUGAAAAUGAGUCUCAGCUGAACGAACCCGCGCAGCCUGCGUUGCAGGAGGUGACUCCAGCGCCAGGAGCCGCAGUUACCUCUGCCCCAGCGAUUCACCCAGUACUGCAUCUCAUCGCACACCAAGCUCUGCAGGAGCAAAAGGAAGGUGAGAUAGAUGGGGAAGAGACUGAGCGCGGGAACGCGGAGGAGCACGGGAAGCCGUCUUCAUCGGACGCCUUUGUGGAGGAAAAGCUGCUCCAUCUCACAGAGCGGUUAAACGAGGCAGAGGCACAGCUCGCCGUGGCUAUGGCGGAGAAGGAGGCGGCAGAGCAGGUGUGGUCUCCGUCCUACAGCCGUCUCAAGACAAGCAGGAUGUACGUCACGGAGCUCAAGAGUCGGGUACAAAGUGCUGCCUCCCUCUACUUGCUUCAGCGAUAUGAGCGUGAGACUCUCCAGCAGGCGCACGUUGGCGUGGCGAUGGAGUCUAUGAGCUUGCAGCUGGUGCUGCGCGACGUGCGAGCACGACUGGAAGAUGAGCCAGGUAGCUCACUCGCAGGCGGCGAUCAGCAGGCGACGGAGAACCAGAGGCUCGUUCAGCAGCUGAGGGCUGUUCUGUCGGCUCCUGCGGCUGCAAGCCAGAGCAAUGCGGCACGCAGCCGUCAAAGCUGA